AUGCCCGGCUCCACCGUGGUGCUCAUCGGCGCCUUCAUGGCCGCGCUUCUCGCCGUCUCCCUCUCCACCGUCGUCCUCUGCUCCAACCGGCGCCAGGCGUCACAGCAGAGCGUUGUCGACUUCGAGCUCGGCCUGGGGCAGCCGUGCCCGUGCGGGAUCGACAAGGCCGCGUACCCGACAACAGUGUAUUCGUCGGCUGCGAGCCAGAUGGCUGCCGCCGCCACGUCGGUUAAAGAAGAUGGCCGGGCGCCGGGAGACACGACGUGCGCGGUGUGCCUGACGGAGUAUGCAGACGGCGACGACCUCCGGUGGCUGCCCAGGUGCCGGCAUGCGUUCCACCGGUCGUGCGUCGACGAAUGGCUGCGCCGGCGCCCAAGCUGCCCGCUCUGCCGCACGUAG